AUGAGACGAUCAAGAACUCCACGCUAUUAUAUUUUUCAAGACGAGAACACACAUCAAAAAUAUUUUCACAAUGCAGUAACAAACGAAGUUACAUGGAACCCACCUCAGGAUUCGAUUAUUAUCGAUCCAAACACAUUAAAGCAGAUUAAAUUCGAUUUCAAUUCAAUCCAAGUUCCUCAAGAAGUUUAUAUCCAGCCAACGCUACAGAAACCCGAGUCUAAAUCAGGAAUUGGAGGGUUCCGAAAAACAUCUCUUCCGAAUUUAAACCAAAAUACAAGAUUACAUCGCGUUUCAAGCAGAAAAUCUACUCUUGUUAAAUUAUCUGCAUCAGCUUCUAUUGAUAGUAACUUGUUACUCCAACCAGAAAUUCCGUUUUAUCUUCCAACUUCAAUUACUUCUGAUUCAAAGCCGAUGGAUAUCAGAAAAUUCGCAGUUGAGAAUUUCAAUACUCGUUAUCGUGGAAGCAUCUUCAAUAAGAAAGAAAUUCCUCCAGAUGAACUCUUAGUUUUCGAUAUGGAUUCCUCUGUCUGCCCAAUACUCAAAUCAACACCGAUCGCUCUUCAAAAGAACUGUGUUGAAAUCUUCGCCUUCAUUAUUGGCUACUGUAAACAGCUUCCGAAAGCGCAACCAAGUGUAUUUGUAGAAAUGGUUGGUAAAGAGAAGCAACUUAUCGACGAAACAUUCAUUUACUUGCUCAAAUUCAUACAUAACAACCCCAAUCCUGAAAAUGUUUUCAGAAUUUGGGAUUUAAUUUUAGUAAUUUGUACGUUUUACCCUCCAUCACCUCAAAUCCAGCCUCUUGUUAGACAUUACGUAGCAACAGAUGCAUUGGGAACCAAAUCUGGCAUCAACAACGUAGCUAAAAUGUCUUAUAUCAGAUUGGCCGCUCGUUGUGACUCUGGAGAGACAUUUCCGAUGCAGCCAAGUUCAUGGAUUAAUUUCAUACCUACACAUCCUUCACAGGAUUACUUCAUUUUCGGUGCUCCUUUACUUGAAUUAGUUUUUGCGCAAAGAAGAUCAGCGCCAAAGUGCACGAUACCUUUAUUCAUGCACAGAUUCAUCCACGAGCUCUGGAAUGCCGGCCUUGACAAGAUGGAAGGCAUGUUCAGACUUCCAGGAAACAAAGUACAAGUUGAUUUAAUGGUUGAAGAAAUAAACAACGGAAAAGAUAGUUGUUAUGUAGGUGCAGAACUCAAUGACCUCGCGAGCUUGUUCAAGAGAUGGCUCGCUGAUAUGCCAGAGCCUUUAGUUCCUAUGUCAUUGUACAAUGAAUUGGUCGAAUCCAUUAAAAACCAUACAAUUUUGGAUUUCGUCAGAAAAUUACCGAAAGUUAAUCAUGAUACACUUGGUUACUUGGUUGGUUUCUUACAAGAGUUCGUAAAAGCAUCUGAUGUCACUAAUAUGGGCAUAGUACAGUGUGCAAUGCUGUUUGGAGCAAAUGUUGUCAGAAUUGUGUCAAAUGAUCCAAUGGUAAUGAAGGCAUCCACUGAAGUUGGCAAGGAAUUUAUGUCUUAUCUCAUAACUAAUUGGAAUACUAGGUUUAUUUAUCCACUUCCAGUUGAAUUUAUUACAUAA